AUGCUACUCUGGGUCCAACUGCUCGUCGGGCUCUAUGUGGCGCUCGCCAUCGCCGCGUCGGCAGUGAGCGUGCGCCAACUCUAUCGUCGCCCACGCCCGGACGCCAUCUUCCAGUUCCGAUCGACGCUGGCGUAUGCGUGCCAGCUCCUUUUGCGCGCCUUUGCGGCCGCCCGCUUCAUCCUCGUCGUCGUCGCACAGCCGCUCGUCUACGAGUACGCCACGUGGAGCUUUGGCAUUCAAGGCAUCUACUUUGUGUGUGCCACGAUCUAUCAAGUCGCGCACCACUGGGCGCGGUACGAGCCCGUGCUCUUCCACCGCGACAGCUACGUGCUCAAUACGCUCUUGGACAUGAGCUGUGCGAGUGUGGUGCCAGCACUGCUCGCGUUCGCCACGUCUUCCGGCCGAUUGGACGGGCAGAACGUGGCGUUGCAUGGUGCUUCCUUCGUCGUGUACCUGCUCGAGUUUAUCGGCAACCACUUUGUGGUCCAGCGCCAAAGCCUCGGGCUCACGCUCCUGCUGCCAAGCGUCUACGUCGUCGUGCUCUGGCUGCACCAAGAGUCGACACCAUCAAGAUGGCUCGACCUGUCGGUGCCCGAGGCUGCCAUUGGCCAUGCGGGUCUCUUUCUGAGCCAUGGGGUCGCUUUUGGCCUCUUCUACGGCAUCUCGCUGCUCAAAGAGACAUACUUGCAUGGUCAGUGCCCGGUCGUGGUCAACCAAGGCCCGCCAAGAGCGCGGAAGCUCAGUUUUGUUUGA